GUUGUGUCCGUUUGUUAACUUGAUGCCAUCCGAUCGAACGAUCCUUAUCCACCGUGUGACAGAGUUGUAGAGAGAGUUCGAGCUGUUCAUCGUGUUCCUCGAUCCCUUCGAGCGAAAGGGAUUCGCAACAUGGCAUGCCCUUUUUCGCGGGAUCUCUCGAAGCCUGGCUGCGACGAGCAGACUAGCAGGGGGGACAAUGAUCGUUCGAGGAUCGCCAGAUUGGGAAGAGACGAUGGUGGCAAGUCUAGGCAAUCGUCGUUCGAGGUCACAUCGUUGCUGAUGAGGGAGGAGACCGAGGACGCGGAGGACACGCAGACCCUCAACCUGAAGCACCUGAGGGCGGCCGUGCUCGUGCUCACGAAUCCAUCGAACGAGGUGGUUGCCGUGGCUCUUGGGGCAUUGUUGAGCAAAGGCGAGGAAUCGUUCCCAACCGCGAGAUCUCUCGAGAAGCUGCUGUGCAACGUCGAGGCCGAGGAGAACUAUAACUUACUGGAGGACAUUUACGAGACAUUAAGUUAUGACUGCGACGUGGACGUGAGCACGUUUUUCGAUCAGCUCGGUCAGGAGGUGAUUUAUACGGCUUGCGUCGGUCUACUGGAACGGGCGUUCCGCUGCCUCGGGAACAAUCUGACGGCGUUCCUGACCACUCUGGACGGCGUGAACGACGUGGUGCAACAUCAGUCCGGAUCCGAGGCGGAGGCAGAGUUCGUAUGCAUCGCCACGCCGGAAGCGAUCGAGCUCCAUUUCACCACAGAUCACCCCUCUGUCGCGUAUCUACUGGUCGGAAGUCUGAAGGGUAUCGCGAGACAGUUUUACAACGACGAUGCCAAUGUAUACAUUCUACCCGAUCCCUACAACACGAAAUUUUUUAGAUAUCGUAUCACUCCAGAACUCUACAGCGAGCAUUUGGUAGUACCAGAGAUCGAGGAUAAUCUGGAGACCUCCCUGUUCCGUCCAUUGUCGAGCGAAGCCACGGAUCUUCGUAUGGGGGUGGCGAGUUUUUGCAAAGCAUUUCCAUGGCAUUUCGUGGUUGAUCGGCAAUUAGAGCUCGUGCAGCUUGGGGUCGGAUUUAUGAGGAUUUUCGGCCAUCAUCUAAACCGUUUGGGCAGAGAAAUAUCGACGUAUUUCACCUUUACACGGCCAUGCGGAAUUACUUUGACCUUUCACGAGAUAUUGAAACGCGCGAACACGCUCUUCGUUCUCACCCUCCAAAGACCUCAGGAUGUCGAUAAAUAUCCAGCAGAGGGUCUAGAGAUGAAAGGUCAAAUGGUCCAUUGUCCGGAAUCAGAUUCCAUCCUGUUCGUGAGUUCACCAUUUUUGAAUGGUUUGGAAGGAUUAACUGGCCGAGGACUUUUUAUAUCCGAUAUCCCAUUACACGACGCUACGAGAGACGUUAUCCUGGUGGGGGAACAGGCUAGGGCACAGGAUGGUUUGAGAAGACGAAUGGAUAAAUUGAAAAGUUCCAUAGAAGAGGCAAAUCUUGCUGUGUCUGCGGAAAGAGAAAAGAACGUCAGCUUGCUUCAUCUCAUAUUCCCUCCAGAUAUAGCGAAGCGUUUAUGGUUGGGAGAAACAAUCGAGGCAAAAACUUAUCCUGAGGUAACGAUGCUUUUCAGCGAUAUCGUAGGUUUCACGGAAAUUUGUUCCACCGCGACACCGAUGAUGGUCAUCAACAUGCUUCAAAAUCUUUAUGAACAGUUCGAUUCGUUUUGCGGUCAGUUGGAUGUUUAUAAGGUGGAAACAAUCGGAGACGCUUAUUGCGUGGCAUGUGGCCUCCAUCGUGACACUUAUAUUCAUGCACAACAAAUAGCUUGGAUGGCCUUAAAAAUGAUACAAGCAUGUUCUCAUCAUUUAACUCACAAGGGUAAACCAAUUAGGAUGCGUAUUGGAAUUCACACUGGAAUGGUAUUAGCGGGUGUUGUUGGGAAAAAAAUGCCAAGGUAUUGUCUUUUCGGGCACAAUGUUACCUUAGCUAAUAAAUUCGAAUCUCUGAGCGAACCACUUCGUAUACACGUUAGUCCAACGACGUAUAUCUUAUUGAAAUAUCCUAUAUCAGGAUUCGAUCUGGAACCACGACAGAAAGAAUUCCUGCCCAAGGAAUUCCCAGCUAACAUAGAAGGAACGUCUUAUUUCCUGAACGAUUACAAGCACAAGGAUGUAGAUGUGACUCUACCGUUGGAUCUGCAUAUACAGAACGCGAUCAGGGAAUACGGUCUUGGAAGCACUGUGUAGAUAUUUAAAUAAU